CAGUUGAGAUUGAGGGGCGGGCACAGCUCGUACGCCACGGCGAGCGCCUCGCCGCGCGCCCCGUCGAGGCACGACGACCGCGGGAGGCAGAACGCCAUGCUGACCGGACCCAACGCCGGCGGGUGCGACAGGGCCAGCCGGUCCGCCAGGUCCUGCACGAGCACGACGCGACGCGCUGGAACGUCGUGCUGUGCACGGGCGCGCCGACCUGCAGCUCACGCAGCAGCGCAGCGGCUGGGCCGGUCGCGGCACACCACCGCCUCGGCGCAGGCGACCAGCAGCUGCACGAGCCGCAUGCCAUCAGCUCCGCUGCCACCACCACCCACUGCUCCCGUUUCGUGAUUUGGAUGGACAAUUGAAGGCCGUAUCCUUGUCCAACACCAAGCAAUGGAGUGCCGACCCAGAUUUCAGUUGCUUGCUAUAAGAAGGAGGGGUCCUCGGCCCAAACCUGUUGCCUCCUUGGACCAUAAGCUCCAUCAAAGCCCGUCCAAAUUGCAAUUUUCGACGAAACGUCCAAUGUGCCACCGAGUUCGCCGGAGGAAGAAGUGCCCAGUUCGCCGGAGGAACAAGAACAUCCGUCCAACCGUCCAAUUUCGCGUGCCUCGGCUACACCAGAGGACAGCCACAAGUGAUAUUUCUGAGGGGCUGCGUCUUGAGCAAAUGAUCAUAUCCAAAAUCAUGACACACUGCCCUCUAUAUAGUCACAGCUCUCCAUCCGGCAUGGUUUUUAUCAUUCUAAUGUUGGCAAGUAAUCUUAAGACUUUUUUCCCCGAGUGAUUCGUAAGACUAAUUACCCUACACAAUUCGCAGUUUUAAUAUCUCUUAUGCACCUAAAUAAUCUGUAACUGAAAAAAUGUUCAGGUUCCCGCAGGUUUUGCCUUGAUUAACAAAUUGAAUUGAAUAUGUUUGUGCUGUAGUCAAGAGGAUCUGAUUGUCUGUUUUCUUACACAACAACCUACCCUUAAUUGUCAGAAAAAAACCGAGUUUCCCUUGGUUCUGUUUGUGCUGUGUGCCUGUGUCAUCUGUUAUUCAGUGUAUUUUAUUGAGAUUUACAUCUAUUAAGCUCAUCCAAUCAGUAAAUUUGGAUUAAGAAUUACUUACUAGACUGGAGGCAGCAUUAUUUUUUCCCCUCAUGGCUUAUUCCUACUCAGAGUCAUAUUCUCUCUAAAUUAUUAGUCUAAAUCCAAGCCGAGAAUAGGUCUGGAAUAGGUCAGUAAAAUCAUGUAUUGCUGCAAUCAUAGCUUACAUAUAUGUAUGUGUGUGAUAUGCACUGCUGUCUUUUAAAUCAUGUUGCCUUGUCCUGAAGCCUUCACAUAUAUUUGGGAGGAGAUGAGUAGGUUUAUCAGAAUUUAUGUUGGCUAGACCUACCUAUAUGUGGAUCCAUACUACUCCUAGCUUCUUGUGAAUGUGCUGAUAUUUAUCCUUGUCUUCUUUCCUUUUUGUGCUCUUCUUUUUAUUACUCAAAUAAAUCUGUAAUUUAGACAGGCUAACAUAAAUAUCUCAAGCUUUUUGUGUGUUCAGAGAUUUAUUUAGAGAUGGUAAAUAGAGAUCUUGAUGUAUCGACGGUUUGUGGUCUUGGGGCUGUUCUGUUACAGUUCAGGAUACUCAAUUUCCUCCUGCUGGUAUCAUCGUCUCCCUGUAAUGUUUUUUUUUUUUGAAACGGACGUCUCCCUGUAAUGUGAUGUAGCUGUAACACCCCCACUAUGGGCUGUCACCCUACAGUCGCAACCUGGGCCUGGGCUACAAGAUGGGCCAACCAUUGGAGGCUGAGUGGCACUGGGCUACAUAUGCAGUCGGGAGGGGAUCGAACUGAUUGAAACGUCUGAAUCUUCUCGUCCUCCUGCUCCCGUUCCUCACCCUCCUGCUACCUAUCUCAUCCCUCUGUUGCUGAUCCUCACCCCAAAUUCCCCUUGUAUCUCUUGAUUUGUACUCGAUAUUGGUUCGGAUCUGAGUGUCCGUCCCAUAUCCAUGUUUGGGUCAUGACAAUUUGGUAUUCAGAGCCAACAAAAAUUCACCACCCACUUCCUGCCUACCAUAUGUUCGACGAAAUGUCCAGCCAACCAGAGCUGUUCACCGGCGGCGUUCUCCGCAUCACCGUGCACCAUGUGUACUACUCGGUUACUGAGGAGACACUGCAGCAGGUGUUUGCCGCGUAUGGUGUGGUGAAGGUCUCCCUGUUUCAGAGAAUCCACCAUUUGGAGGCAGUGGUUCAGCUUCGAUCAAGAGUCGGCGCGGCGCGGGCUCUCGCCUUGCAUGGCCGGUGUGUCUACGAGCACGCCUGCCUCCUUGACAUCCAGGAUGUGUCGUCGGAGUAUAACAUGCACUUGUGCUUGCUGCUGGAGCUCAAGCAGACCGCAACCGUGGCCGAGUACACGACGGCAUUCUGGGAACAAGUACAUCGUGUGCUGGAUCUCAACUCCACCAUAAGCAUCCAGUGCUUUGUACACCAGUACGUCAAGGGCUUGCGCGCGGAUAUUCAAGCAGCCAUGCAGUCGCAAUUGCCGUCCAGCAUCACCAGAGCGUCGUCCCUUGCUCGGAUAAAGGAAGAGGAUAUUGUGAAGGAUGCGGCUAGGGCUGUUGAGGAGCUUGACGGCUGCAUCGGCCAUGGAGUUCAGGGCUUAACGCCUAAGGAGACCCUCACUGGCGUUUCCCCCAAGCUCGCUUCCCAUGUGGUGCGUGGUGCAGACCACGGAGUCGUCGCCAUCGACACCAGCAGCCUUGCUGCUCCGACGCUAACCACAUGCUCGACGGAUUGCCCGAAUCGCGACGCCACCGUCAACGACUUCAAAACUACAGGAUCAUUCUCGCCCUCUAGAGGCAUGUUUUCGGCAGUUGCAGCACGGGCUGAGACUUUGCCAGCCCUUGAGUUGGAGACAUUGAAGCCCAACAGAUGUUUGACAGAAUGCUCCCAUGAUGACGCCAACAAGGUGACCCAUGUGGUUGUGUUAGAUGCAUCUCCGUUGACCACCGCACAGCUCAACAACAUCCUCUGCAACACUUCACCUUGUGCUAUGCCUUGGGUGUGUGAGGAUACUGACGACGAGCAGAUUAGGAAAGGUGGUGUCAUGCAGCCACUAUGGCCACCACGGGCACCGCCAAGUACAUGGCAGUUGCGGUUCGUGGAACAUACUAUUGCAAACUCAACUGAGCUGAAACCAUGGCCAGAUCCAUGGAUGAGCAAGAGCAGUGGAAGUGGAAGCCGGGACAAGCCACCGUGGGCGCAAAACGCUGUCAGUGUUGGAAAGAGUGACAAGCUUCGGGAGCUCUAUGAGAAAAGUGGGUCAAGUUGGAGGUUAACAAAAUCUGGAACACCUGGAACCAUUGGCAGUUUCGAAGAUAUUCGUUGUGCAAACAAUGUCAUGCAAUAUUCCCCGGUUACUACUGCAUUGUUUCCUGUCUUCUGUGGAGGUCACCAUUCUUUCCCCCGACCCUGCUACAAAGAAAGAUGUUCAUUUCUUCAAAUAUCCCAGCUAUAUGUAGGGCUUAGUUGUGUGAAUAUGACAAACCAGAAGCUUGGGUUGACUGAGUUCCCUGAAGAUAGUCGAUUCACAAAUGUGGAAUCAGCCCUUGUUGCAUUACAUUGCAAGGAGUGUCUUUUUCUAGCAGAUUUUGAGAAAUCAAUAGAUUUGGAUGCUAGUAGAAAUUGCAGUAUUCUUGCGGCUGAAAGAAAGAAGGCUGAAUUUAAAUCUGGAGAUCUUGUGCAGGAUCUUGGUAGAAUAAUCAAGGGUUCUGUUGAGCCAGUUCGUGACCUCCUAUCUCAGUUUGACUAUGCUUUGGGUGCCCUUGGAGCUCUAGUAUUAUAUGAUGGGUUGCUAGCAGAUGAUACUAAUUAUGGAAAUUACACGAUUGAGAAAUACAAUUUGGACUGCUACCUGCGCCUUGCUUCUGCCGUGGUGCGAACAUUGAAUAUUGUUGAAGAAAAAACUGAUGGAAACAACAAAUUUAGUUUGUUUGCUUUCAUGAACAGAGUGUGUACUGCUAGGAUGGGACAAGGACUACUUAACAAAUGGCUAUAUGUAAACGAAGUCAAUAACAGAUUAGAUAUGGUUCAGGCUUUCACAGAAAAUCCAGAGCUUCGUCGGGGUCUUAGGCAACAACUUACAAGGAUAUCUGAUCUUGAUCGCCUAACACACACUCUCCAUAAGAAAUCAGCCAAUCAGCCUGUUGUUAAGCUCUACCAGUCCUGCUCUAGAAUCUCAUACAUCAAGGGUGUUCUUCAACAAUACAAUGGCCAAUUUUCUAGAUUCAGGACAAGGUUCCUUGGCUCUUUUGAAGAGUGGAUAACAGAGAAUCGAUAUGUUCCUUAUGUAAGACCAGACAUCACAACAUCGGAGGGAGGAGAUAUUCUUCUACAAGGUGGUUGGCAUCCAUAUAAAGUGCAAUCAGUUGAGAACUACAUGAAGCUUUCUAUGGGCAAUAUUACUCGAGCCUUUCUAGAAUUACACAUCUCUCCUUCGGGGCAACCUGAUUAGGAUCGACAUGUAGCUUCAGCGCCAGGUAUGUUCAUGCGAUCACAGUUUGGGAUAGCAGUAUUUGAGUUUUCUCCAGAUGGUUCAGUUGGCCACUUGCCCCUACAGUUCCCUCUAUUUGUUCAAACCAACAGAAUUGAGAUUUAUUCUCCUUGGAUCCAGUGCUCACCUUUUCUGUGCUGGUUUCAAUCUGCUACAAGAGCAAAUCAUGAGUGGACACCUUGUAUCACAAUGUUCUCAUGCAUUUGUAAGCAUGUGCAGAUGUUCAUAGCAGGGCUCAGUUAUGAGAUGAACCAUCAACCUCAGGCAAAAGAAAGGGUGCAGCACGACAUAGGGUUUGUGCUUGAGUCUUCUUGCCGUCUCUUACCUAUCAAUUGUCCUGGGGAUCUGUUCACUGGAGAGGCUAAAGCUUGCACUUGCCAGUUUGUUGUCAGUUACACUAGUUGUUUCAGAGGUAUCCUGUGCAUGGACAAGAACGAGAUGUCCCACUCUUCAGUUGCAGCUCCAUUUGGCAAUGAACUCCUGUUUUGUUCCUUCGAGCUGACCAUUUGCAAGCAUGUGAUAUUAUCCUAUGACCCAGGAGGGCCGACUCUUUUGCUUGAUGGGAUUGGAGGUAUUCACGAGUUCCACUUGAUCAUCAUCGGCUUGAGGGUAAGCCGAAUUUCAAGGGAGGGAGAGUGUAACACCCCCACUAUGGGCUGUCACCCUACAGUCGCAACCUGGGCCUGGGCUACAAGAUGGGCCAACCAUUGGAGGCUGAGUGGCACAUGGGCUACAUAUGCAGUCGGGAGAGCACAUGAGGAGGGGAUCGAACUGAUUGAAACGUCUGAAUCUUCUCGUCCUCCUGCUCCCGUUCCUCACCCUCCUGCUACCUAUCUCAUCCCUCUGUUGCUGAUCCUCACCCCAAAUUCCCCUUGUAUCUCUUGAUUUGUACUCGAUAUUGGUACGGAUCUGAGUGUCCGUCCCAUAUCCAUGUUUGGGUCAUGACAUGUAGCACAGUACUAUGCACUUCAGCACUAAGCCCAGAACCUAGCUAGCUUACUUGAGGGUCGGCUCUGGAUUUUGUCGAUCUUGUUUGUGUAUAAUUUGUGAGGGGCUGUAGAGAGUCAAUUAACCAGUCAAUUAAUAUGAACCUGUUUUUCUCUA